GUUUAAUUUUUAUCAUGAUUUUGAAUUAUUUCUUGGUUAAUUGUAGUUUUUAAUUUAUUGACCGAAGUGGAAUUGUGUGUAAACACUAAAACUGCGAUACUUUUAGUGACUUUUAUCACAAGAACAAAGUUAUAUUAUAACCAGUAGUUAAUAAAUGCAAAAUGACACAAAUACUUUCACUUCGAUUGAUAAAUUGUUGUCUAUCAAAAACUAGUCUUUAAAUAACUAAAAUAAACCUCGUAACAUUUAACUGAUUAAUUAGUUGACUCGACUGGAUUACAAGCUGUAAAAACCAAGUUAUAUUUUAAAGGAAUCAAUUAAUCCUAAGCUGUCAUCAUGAAUAGAAGAAAGCCUCCUGUCAAGGGUAACAAUCCUCCUCGUGACCGUCCACAACCUUGGUGGAAACCGACCUCCGUUACAAGUGUGGUCACAAGAAGAGGACGACCUGCAAUAGUUCCCACGCCGGUGACACUGCCCUCGAACCUCGUAAAAAACCCGUACGUCAAACUUGAGAGAAUCAAGACUCCUCCAGCUCGACCUGCGACGAAAAAGAAUCUCGACGUGGCGUUAUCAGACUCCGAUGAGACUGAGGUUGAAGAUGAUAAAGUAGUGGAUAUAAUUGAUCUGAGUAGCAGCAGCAGCGAUAAUAACAGUGACAGAAAUAGCGACAGCGACAGCAGCGAGGAUGACAAUAGUAACGGGCCGAAAAUGCAAUUGUCUCCAUUGCAGAAAAAUCGCAUUCGAUUUGGGACAAACGGAACCAUACGGAUCUCAUCCGUUGCACGGGAAGCGUGUAGCAGCAGUGAUAACAGCGACAGAGGUAACGACAGCAGCAGCUAUGACAGUGAAAGAGACAACGCUAUAAGCGACAAAGAUAACGAUAGUCGCAGCCAUAAUAACAGUGACGGGAAUAGCGACAACAGCAGCGAUGACGACAAUACUUACGACCCGGAAAGGCCGUUGUCUCCACCGCCGAAAAAGCGCACUCGGUUUGGUAUAAAUGGAACCAAGCCGAUCUCGCCCAUCGCACAAAGAGCCAAAUCGCGUAAGUCAUCGUUGUCAUCAUCUCCCAUGUCAAAGCGGUCACGCCACCAGUUUGAUGAGUUUGACGAGGAAGAUGAGCCAGAAUCCAAUACAGACGACGCAAAGCUACGCCGCUUGAAUUAUCUUUUAAAAAAGAGCCAAUUCUUCACUGCUCGCCUAUCUUCGGGGGAUGCGGUUGUGGCAGCGAAAAGGGGACGACGACCCCAACGGAACCACGAAACUGAAACUGAAGAUGAUAGUGAAGAGGAAGUCACUCGUUAUCGUAGAUCAGAGAAGGAAGGAGAUGCAGAGCUCAUUAAGGAUGCCGAAAACCCAGUUUCUGGGGUGCACUCAGCCGCCGUCAUCUUUACGGAAACCCCUCCCUACAUAAAAAAUGGAGAGAUGCGUGACUAUCAGAUUCGUGGUCUGAAUUGGCUCAUUAAUCUUUUAGAAAAUGGGAUCAACGGGAUUCUCGCGGAUGAGAUGGGCUUGGGCAAAACGUUACAAACUAUUUCUCUCUUUGGAUAUUUAAAGCAUUACAAAAAAGUUCGUGGCCACUAUCUCGUCGUUCUACCUAAAUCUACACUCUGCAACUGGGAGAACGAGUUCAAACGGUGGUGUCCCUCAAUGAGAACAAUCUCACUGAUUGGGGACGCAAAAGCCAGGCAAUCCAUCAUCAAGGACCACAUUCUUCACUUGAACGAUUGGGACGUCCUGCUCACCUCUUACGAAAUGGUUUUGAGAGAAAAAUGCGUCUUGAAAAAGAUCAAGUGGACAUAUCUCGUCAUUGAUGAAGCCCACAAGAUUAAGAAUGAAGAAACGCAAAUAGCCGGAGUUGUUCGACUACUAAAGUCUAAGCACCGACUCCUCUUGACUGGCACCCCCUUACAAAACAACCUCCAUGAAUUGUGGGCUCUGCUAAACUUUCUAUUGCCCGAUAUCUUUAAUUCAUCUGAGAAUUUUGAUGGGUGGUUCAACAUGGAAUCGUGUUUUGGUGACGAUUCUCUUGUUACACGACUUCACUCAAUUCUUCGCCCAUUCCUCCUCCGCCGUAUCAAGUCGGACGUGGAAAAAGGCUUGUUGCCUAAAAAAGAGUUCAAAGUCUAUGUCCCAAUGGUGGCAAUGCAGCGUUUGUGGUACAAGAAGAUACUCAUGAAAGAAAUUGACACGGUAAAUGGAGCCGGAGAAAUGAAGAGGGUUCGACUCCUAAAUCUUGUUAUGCAAUUGAGAAAAUGUACGAACCAUCCGUACCUGUUCACCGGGGCGGAAGAAGGACCUCCAUACACGGAUGACGUGCAUCUAGUGUCCAACUGCGGAAAAAUGAUCGUGCUGGACAAACUCCUCCCAAAGUUACAAAGUGAAGGAUCUCGCGUCCUCAUUUUUAGUCAAAUGACACGACUUAUGGAUAUCUUAGAGGAUUACCUAGCUUGGAAGAAGUACUCGUUUCAUCGACUCGAUGGGAAUACAAAACACGAAGAUCGACAAAAGUUGAUUGAUGAAUAUAAUGCGCCAGGCAGUUCAACGUUCAUAUUCAUGCUCUCGACACGUGCGGGUGGGCUAGGAAUAAAUCUCGCGUCAGCGGACGUUGUAAUUUUUUUCGAUUCUGAUUGGAACCCACAAGUAGACUUGCAAGCAAUGGACCGUGCACACCGUAUCGGACAGACGAAACAGGUCCGUGUGUUCCGUCUCAUCACAGAGAAUACCGUCGACGAGAAGAUCGUGGAGCGUGCCGCACUGAAAUUAAAGCUGGAUAAACUCGUCAUCCAACAAGGUCGCCUCGUUGACGCGGCCACCCAAAAGUUCAGAAAGGAUGAAAUGUUAAGCUGGAUCCGCUACGGUGCUAAUCUCGUCUUCUCUAAGGAAUCCGGAAGCGAGACAAUUCCCGAUGAAACAAUUGAGUCAAUCCUCAAGCACAGUAAAUCUAAGGAAGAGCAGUUCGCGGAGAAGAUUGAUACUGCGGAUGAAUCUAAUCUGCGCAGUUUGGUGUUCGAAGGUCCCGAACCAGACAAUGACAUCGUGGUGGAUAAGAAUACCUUGAGUAUAAAAAAACCAUGUGAUAAACUCGAAUGGAUUGGACCAAUUUUAUCCAAAAGAGAAAGGAAGCCAAUCAACUAUGCAAAUCCGUAUGGUCGUAAAACAUAUAAGACGACGUCACCCGAAAUCAAAACAUCAGAUGAUGAUGAGACUGAGAUUGAAAUCUUGUCGGUCGUAAGGAGCAAACCACAGAAGACUUAUCAACAGCAACCGAAUAUUUUAAGGGCUAAAGUAGGAUUGGGUGAAUUCCAGAAACCCCAGCAAUCUACCCCUUUCCAACGUUACGUUAUGCAGACCCCAUCCAUAUCUACAGACCCGCUUCAACACGUCGUAGUUGUGAUGCAAGAGCCGAUGGAAGUUACACCUGCUCCCACCCUCGCUCCCACCACGUUUAUCGAGAUCACUCGUCAUUUCGAAAACUUUCGCCACUUUCUAGAUAAUAGCGAAGAUGACCCUCUAUUAAUCCAGGAAAAUUCACCUUGGGACUACGAACCUGCCCCACAAAUUAUAGACUUGGACAACAGUGAUGAAAGUAAUGAUAGUGACAGUCUCCUAAUCCUGGCAAAUUCGUCGUCAAAGAAGUCUGACCCAGACAUUAUUGACUUGACUUAAAACUCGCCAAAAAUUAAAGUGUUCAUUUAUUAAUUAUUAUUCUCGCAUCGUUUUAAUAUAAAGUUUUUAGUAUUUGACGAAACAUUUGACGAUAAAAUGUUGGAAAUUUUAUUUAUUAACUAUAAAAUCAGUUACAUUUAUCUUGUGUAAUAUCAAAUCUUAUAAUAAAAACAUGCUUACAUAUAA